AUGGAUCACGUUAGAUCGAACAACAUCGACGAGAAUGUAGGAAUUCCGGACGAUUUGCGUUGCAAGAGGUCCGACGGGAAACAAUGGAGGUGCACGGCGAUGUCGAUGCCGGAUAAGACGGUUUGCGAGAAGCAUUACAUUCAAGCGAAGAAAAGAGCGGCGAAUUCCGCUAUGAGAGCUAAUCUCAAGAAAGCGAAAACGUAUCCUGAUUCUGAUGUUUAUUUGGAGAGUAAAAGUGAUGAUUUUGAUGCUCCUCUUUCUAGUGCUUUUAAUCAACGUUCUUCUUCUUCCUCUGGGAAGAAGUUGUUUGAUAAGGUUUCGAAGAAUCAGUUUCGUUAUACUCCUGAGGGUGCUGACGCGACUAGGGGGUCUUCUUCGCGUCGUGAUUCCAAGCUUGGUGAGGGUGAUGAUUCCCCUGAUCAUGCUGAUGACGAGGAUGCUGUAGAGAAUUGGGUCUCCAAUGAUUCACCACAUGCUUCGGGUGAUGAAUCUGCUGGGAAAAUGCCGCACGGGAGCCUUGAUGCCGAUGCCAAUGCCACUACUGAAUAUUCUGAUGGAACCUCAGAUUCUUCUCAACAGACUGGCGGGCAGACUUGUCAUCAGUGCAGGAAGAAUGUUAGAGAUAGAGUUACUUGGUGUCUUAAGUGUGAUAGGAGAGGGUAUUGUGAUACCUGUAUAUCAACUUGGUAUUCUAACAUUUCGUUGGAUGAAAUUCAGAGACUAUGUCCUGCAUGCCGUGGUAUAUGCAAUUGUAAGAUUUGCUUACGCAAUGAUAAUUCAAUAAAGGUUCGGAUACGUGAGAUACCUGUAAUGGAUAAGUUACAGUAUCUUCACUUGUUGCUCUCAUCGGUGCUUCCCGUGGUAAAGCAGAUUCACCACGAACAAUGUUUUGAAGUUGAACUUGAAAAGAAGUUGCGUGGUGCUGAAAUAGAUCUUCCAAGGACAAAAUUGAAUGCUGAUGAGCAGAUGUGCUGCAAUUUAUGCAGGAUACCUAUCACUGAUUAUCAUCGACGCUGUCCAAUUUGUUCAUAUGAUCUGUGCCUUAUUUGUUGCCGAGAUCUUCGGGAAGCUACUGUACAUCAGAGUAAUGAACCUCAAACAGAGCAAGCAAGAACUACUGAUCGAAACAUAUUAAGCAAGUUUCCUCACUGGAGAUCCAAUGACAAUGGUAGUGUUCCAUGCCCCCCUAAGGAGUAUGGUGGUUGUGGUUAUUCAUCCUUAAAUUUAAGUCGGAUUUUCAAGAUGAACUGGGUUGCAAAAUUAAUAAAAAAUGUAGAAGAAAUGGUUAGUGGAUGUAAAAUAAGUGAUGCUGAUGGUCGACCAAAAACAGGAUUGAAUAGUCUCAGACUUUGCCAAUAUUCUCAAAGAGAGGCUAGCAAUGAUAAUUAUCUUUAUUGUCCAACAUCAGAAGAUCUCAAAACUGAUGGGAUUGGCAUGUUUAGAAUGCACUGGAAAACUGGUGAGCCCAUUAUUGUUAAGCAAGUAUUUGAUAGGUCAUCAAUUUCAAGCUGGGAUCCAUUGGUCAUAUGGAGAGGGAUUCUAGAGACUACAGAUGCGAAUAUGAAAGAUGAUAGCAGAAUGGUUAAGGCCAUAGAUUGCUUAGAUGGAUCUGAGGUUGAUAUCGAGCUUAGUCAGUUCAUGAAAGGAUAUUCCGAGGGGCGUAUUCUUGAAAAUGGUUGGCCACAGAUAUUGAAACUGAAAGAUUGGCCUUCACCUAGAGCAUCUGAAGAAUUUCUUUUGUACCAAAGACCUGAGUUUAUCAGCAAGCUGCCUUUACUUCAGUAUAUUCACUCGAAGUGGGGCCUUCUUAAUGUUGCAGCUAAGUUGCCUCAUUACUCCUUGCAGAAUGACGUAGGACCCAAGAUCUAUAUAUCUUAUGGGAUUAAUGGUGAACUUGGCAGAGGCGAUUCUGUGACAAAACUGCACUUCAAUAUGCGUGAUAUGGUGUACCUUUUGGUCCAUACAAGUGAAGUGAAGCUGAAGGACUGGCAGAGAACAAAAAUUGAAAUGAUGCAGAAACCUCAUAAGGAGUCUGAGGGGAAAGAAUCUCACGGGAUUCCACAUAUAUGUUCAAGUGGGAGUUCACCUGAUUCAGCCCUUUGUACAAAAAUUAAUGGACUGGAUUUGGAAUCAGAUCAGAAAGAUUCAACCAUGGAUCAAGUGUAUGAAGUUUAUUCUAGUCCUGAAGGGAAUAUGGUCAAUUGUGAUAUUCCAUCAAGACAAAAUGGAGUCACCUCUGAGAUAACACAUCCUGGAGUUCUUUGGGAUGUCUUUCGUCGGCAGGAUGUUCCAAAGGUGACUGAAUAUUUGAAAAUGCAUUGGAGGGAAUUCGGGAAGUCGGAUGAUAUAGUUACGUGGCCUCUUUAUGGUGGAGCUAUUUUUCUUGACAGACUCCAUAAAAGAAAGUUGAAGGAAGAAUUUGGAGUGGAGCCGUGGUCAUUUGAACAGAAUUUGGGGGAAGCUAUAUUUGUUCCAGCUGGUUGCCCUUUUCAAGCAAGAAAUGUUCAGUCGACUGUUCAAUUGGGCCUUGAUUUCUUAUCUCCUGAAAGCUUGGGGGUGGCUGUAAGAUUGGCAGAGGAAGUUCGCCGUUUACCUAAUGAACAUGAAGCAAAACUUCAAGUUUUGGAGGUUGGGAAGAUAUCUCUCUAUGCUGCAAGUUCAGCAAUCAAAGAAGUUCAGAAACUUGUACUUGACCCAAAACUUGGUGGAGAGAUUGGAUAUGGAGACCCUAAUUUGACUGCAAUGGUUUCUGAGAACUACGAGAAGAUGUCUAAGCGGAGGCAGAUUACUUGUGCAUAA